AUGAGGAUUGCUACUAGUCCAUGGUUCUCCAAGUGGCUGCAAAGUGUCAACAGAUACCCAUUCAAUGAGCUGAGGGUGACCAGGCAAGGAUUCAAUUGCAAGUAUGUCAUUUGUGGGUACAACAGUGAUGAGGAGGAUAAUUUCUGUUUGGCCACAAUCAGCAUGGAAGUGACCGUUCUUGAGGAGUUGAUAUUGCAAGGAGCAUGCAAGCCACUUCCUCCUGCCAUGACCGACAUCAUGGAUUACAUGUUAGCUUCAGGCCUUCAGAAAAGUCCAAAAUGGUACAGAGCUGUUAUCUCCACCCUCUCUGAUAUGCUGGAGUCGCCGUCGCCACAUCCCUGUGAAAGGAAGGACAUCUUGAUUGAGUGCAUCUACUGGUUAGUGAGGGAAAGGGUCAGUGAGAGCUAUGAGUUGUCCUCCCUCGAAGGACAGAGUGUGAUGGAUGCUUGGCAUUAUUAUUGUUGCCACUGGAUUGACUACAAUAAGAAGAUUUCCUUCAAGAAAUGUACAGAGAUGAGUGAGACUAUGGUUGUUGAUUUCAUUGGCAAUGAUAUGUAA